AUGCCAAAAAUUAGUCAAAAAUUAGUAAAGCUGCCUUGUCCCGAGCGUAAUAAAUCCUCCUACUUUUUUGUAAAUUUAAUCAAGUUCACAAAUUUAUAUAUAAAGCUGCCUUGUCCUGAACGUGCAUUUGGAAGAGGUUGUCAAAAACAACGAGAUCAACAACAACAACCCAAACAAAAAGCUUCUUCAGAUGUUUUUAUUGAAGCAGCUAACGAGAAACAACGACAACAAAAACCCUCCCAACCCUCCCAACCCCAAUACCUACCCUCUUGGAGUGAAAAUAGAGAAAUGUGUAAUUCUAAUAGACUUCGAUCAUUAAUUUAUCAAUUACUUGUAAAUACGAGAAUUAAUGAUCCAACAAUUAAUGUUGAACGUUCUAAACGUUUUUUACAACAAAAAGCUGAAUCUUUAUUUGGAAAUUUUUAUAAUGUUAUUUGUGGGACAGGAUUUUUUUCGUAUAUUGCACAUACUGACGAAUUUUGGUUUGUGGGAUUUUUGAAGUAGUUGUAGAUUAGGAACACCUUCAUUUUAAAAAACAACCAUUAUUAGGAACACCUCCUUUUAAGAAACAACCAAUAUUAGGAACACCCUAUUUUAAGAGAUACGCCCGUUGAUUAACUAUUGGGUAGGGGAGUCUUGUAAGCGAGAUACUCUCUAUCUUGAAUACUCCUCUAUUUCACAAGAAAGGACUCAUUAUAUAGUCAGACCUCAUUAUAAGAGACACCCAUUAUUAGUUAAACCCUCCAAUUUUUAGUUACACCCUCCAAUUUUAAAAAUAUGCGCUCCUAAGAAACUUAACUGACCACUGGUUAGGGGAACUGUCCAAGCGAUAUCCCCUAUUUAAGAUACCCUCCAUUAUAAAACACACUUUUUUAGCCACAGAGUGUACUUCUAAUAGUGAGUGAAUUAAAAAAAUUCUAUUUUUUUCAAGCCUUGUAGCAGUCA